UCAAACUGCAAACUCCUAUAGAAGUCCAUGGCAACCGUACGUGGCAUACCAAUCUCCAAUAACGUUGUUGUAUGGCCACUUCAGUGUUUCAUCAUUAUCCUAGUAUUUGUUUGUUCCUAUAAUUCUUUAGCAAUUCCAUCUACUUCUUCAGCAACAAUUAGAGAAGCUGAUGCCCUUCUGAAAUGGAAGGACAGCCUUGAUAUUCAUCCCACUCAUUCUCGUCUAGCCUCUUGGAAUCUCAAUUCCACCUCGUCACCUUUAAAUAAUUCUUCUUAUCGCUACCAAAAUAACAGCUCCUGCCACUGGUUUGGGAUCAUUUGCAACAAGCUUGGAAGUGUCAUCAAGAUUGAUCUUGAAAGCAGUGAUCUGAGAGGUACGCUUCAAUAUUUCAACUUCUCCUCUUUUCCUAGCUUACUCACCGUUAACCUGUAUAACAAUUCCCUUUAUGGAAGUAUCCCCGGCAAUAUUACCAACCUUUCUACACUCACCCACCUUGAUUUGGGGAACAAUUAUCUCUCUGGAAACAUACCAUCCCAAAUAUGCCUCAUGACAAGUUUGCGUUUCCUUUCUGUGGCUGAAAACCAUUUAGAUGGCUCUGUACCACCUGAAAUAGGUAUGUUGGAGUCUCUUGAGGUGUUUCUUGCUUAUAACAUCAAUAUUUCAGGUUCAAUUCCUGUGUCCAUUGGAAACCUGAGCAGCUUAACAAUCUUGGCUCUUUCUGGUAACAAUAUAAAUGGAUCCAUUUGUCAUGAGAUUGGACAGCUUAAAUCUCUUGUCAUGCUGUUUUUGUAUGAAAACCAUCUUACUGGCUCUAUUCCUAAAUCCAUUGGACAGCUUAAAUCUCUGUCUCUUCUUCAUCUAUGUCAAAACAAUCUUACUGGCUCAAUUCCUAAAACCAUUGCAAACCUUAGCUCCCUAACCAAAAUUUUCUUGUUCGAUAACCAUCUUACGGGAUCCAUUCCUUUAGAAAUGAACAACCUUACCAAUCUUGAACAAUUCCAAUUGCAACAAAACUUCUUGUCUGGCUAUCUUCCAGAGAAUAUUUGUAUGGGUGGGAGGCUUGAAAGAUUUUUAGCUAGUGAUAACUAUUUUGUUGGUUCUAUUCCAAAAAGCAUGAAAAAUUGUAGUUCAUUAGUCCGUGUUUUACUUCAAGGGAAUGAACUAAAAGGAAAUAUAUCGAAAGACUUCGGAAUAUACCCAAACUUGAAAUACAUGGACUUGAGCUACAAUAAUUUUUUUGGAGAACUUACUAGAAACUGGGGACAGUGUCCAAAGCUUGCUAUGCUGAACAUCUCUAACAAUAAAAUUUCUGGCAGGCUCCCUCAUGAACUUGGGGAUGCUACUCAAUUGCAAGAACUUGACCUCUCAUCCAAUCUUCUUGUAGGGAAAAUUCCUAAGGAAUUGGGACACCUAAAAUUGUUGUAUAUUCUCAAACUCAACAACAAUUCCCUUUCUAGCAAUAUUCCUAUAGAGAUUGAAAUGUUAUCUGAACUUGAGAUGCUUGACCUUUCCACUAACAAAUUGAGUGGACCAAUUCCCAUAUAUUUGGAAGGUUGUUCAAAACUACUUCAUUUGAACUUGAGAAAUAACAUGUUCAAUGGAAGUAUUCCCUCCCAACUUGGGACUUUGCACACCCUCAGAAAUCUUGAUCUAAGUCAGAAUUUGCUUGCAGGAGAGCUGCCUUUCGAGCUAGAACAUUUGGAUAUGCUAGAAAUUUUUAACCUUUCGCACAACAAGUUGUCUGGAUCAAUACCAUCCACUUUUAAAGAAUUGAUAAGCUUGACAUUUGUGGAUAUAUCCUAUAAUUUGUUAGAAGGUUCUCUCCCCAACAUCAAAGCCUUUAUUGAGGCCCCAUUUGAAGCACUGGAACAUAAUAAAGGGUUGUGUGGCAACAACACUAGCUUGAAGCCUUGCCCCAUGCUCAAGGAGAAUAACAAUAAAAUUAUAAUAAUAGUUUUAGUCAUGGCGUCUAUAUCUUGCAUUCUAAUUCUAUUAUUUAUCAUUGUUGGAGUAUUGUUUAUUCGUAAAAAAAGAGAAAGGAAUAUGGAUGAGCCAAGACGAACACAAGCGACUGUAACUUUCUUUGAAGCAUGGUGCCAUAAUGGGAAAAAAGUUCAUGAAGAAAUAAUUGAAGCCACAGAGAACUUUAGUUCCAAAUAUUGCAUUGGAGUUGGAGGAUAUGGAAGUGUAUAUAAAGCACUUUUGCCUGCUGGUCAAGUUGUUGCUGUGAAAAAAUUCCAUGAUAAUGGAGGAGUGACUAGUAAUGAAGCUUUCAAAAGUGAAACUGAUGCGUUGACAAGAGCACGCCAUCGAAAUAUCAUUAAGCUUUUUGGAUUUUGUUCACAUACAAAAUACUUAUAUUUGGUGUAUGAGUUUAUGGAAAUGGGGAACUUAGCGAAGAUAUUGAGCGAUAACGUUAAGGCGAUGGAGUUAGAGUGGACAAAAAGGUUAAAUAUUGUGAAAGGUUUAGCCAAUUCCAUAUCUUAUAUGCACUAUGAAUGUUGUCCUGCUAUAAUUCAUAGAGACAUAUCAAGUAAGAAUGUUCUUUUGGACCAUAAAUUUGAAGCCCACAUUUCUGACUUCGGUUCUUCUGUAAGUUUGGAUCCAGAGUCAUCAAAUUGGACUCCAUUUGCAGGAACCUUUGGAUACUCAGCCCCGGAGCUUGCUUACACGACUGAAGUAAAUGAAAAGUGUGACGUGUACAGCUUUGGAGUUGUAAUAUUGGAGGUGAUAAUGGGAAAGCAUCCGGGAGAUAUCAUCUUGUCUCUUUUAGCAUCAUCAUCGUCUUCAUCACCACUACCUACUCAUCAAGUUCUGCUCAAAGAUUUAUUGGAUGAACGCCUCUCACCGCCAACGAAUCAAAUAGCAAGGGAAGUUGUCACUGCUACGCAGAUAGCAUUUGCAUGUCUACAAACAAGAUCACAGUCUCGGCCAACUAUGAAGCAAGUAUCAGAGAAGCUGUCAACUUCAUUACCACUGCCAGAGCCUCUUCAUCUGAUCACAUUGAAGCAGCUGUUUGAUCCACAAUGUUGGACAUCCUGAAAAGUUCCAAAAUUCCUACCUUGUUUAAUGUUCUGUUUGUGAUUUUCUUCUACUCUGUCAUCUUGCUGAACAUUUCCUUUUCCCUUUACCUUCUUUUCCCAACCCUAACUAAUCCUAUGUAUUUAUCAUAUGUGAUGUUUUCAACAAUAUUGAUAUUAUUCUGAAAUGUGAACCAAAGUCAUAUACUUCAUGUACCAUAAAAAUUGCGCAUAGAAAGAUCACAUGCCAAGCAAUAAUCUUGCUUGAUUCAAUGUCAA